AUGUAUUUCUAUUUUGAGCUAUCCGCUGCAAUCGUAGAAAACCUACAUCUUGUCAACAUUGAAAGCAAAGGUGUCAUUAAGAGAUCAAGAAAACGAAAACUGCCGCAACCAAUACCGCACACCUUGACAAGGCGGGGUGGGACGUUUGAGGAAUUGACGGCAAAUGAGGUGGACGACGUCACCGCCUUGCCGCUGCUGGAAGUGCUGGUACACUUGGAAGCUGCUGCUCCCGGUGCUCCCGGUUCGCAGCAAAUGACCCUCGCCACCAGUGACGCCACCGCCCUCGGCUAUACGCCUGGACGGCGACGGCCGCAUAGGGCAGAGUCGCGGCCUGGCAGGGAUCACGAAUGGCGAAACUUAAGCUAUGGCUGUAGCAGUCCCAUCCAGACGCGUUGCCUAUACAAGGCUCGCGAAGCUGUACCUGAUGGUGGUGGUGAUGGCGAGGAUGGUAGUACGUUUGGCCGUACGGAUGUGGAAAACGCAGUGACGGCUGCUGGCGGCACUGGCGCGGUGGGCCCAACGGCACCGCCGGGGGUGAGUGCGGUGGCGGCGGCGACGGCGGCGGAAGGCAUUUGCUGCUCUUCAUUUGCCAUCGCUCGGGCACUAGACGUGCGAGGGCAGGCCGUGUACGGCGUUGCUGGCUGUACUGUGCCAUACAGGGCGAGCUUCGGGGGCCCAUACCCGCCGCCCGAGCUCGCGCCGCCGUGUGCUGUGGCUCGCGGCGAGAAGCCGCAGCACACCGGCACAGGGUACAUGGGCCAUCCUGCGGAGCCGUUGACGUAGCGUUGCCAGUUAUGACAGUUGUUAGUUGCUGGCACCGUUGGCGCCAUCGACGGCGCCGGUGGAGGGUGCUGCCCAGCUGCAGAAGUGGCUGCCCGGUGUUGAGGCACCCGUGGAACGGUUCUCGGGGCGCCGUUGCCAGCGGUAGCAACAGCAGUAGCAGCAGCAGUAGCAGCAUGUGCGACGCUCGGGACAGUAGAUGGAGGAGUCGCGGUAUCCCCGGCGGUGGCGGCUGCAGGCUGAGGCAGGUUGAGGGAGGGUCGUCGUAUAAGGAGCUGGUCUCGUUGGUAGAGGCGAUGUAGAGAUGAUGGUGGCACACGCGAGCCUGGCGAUCCUUGACCUGGAAGCAGAGAAUGCGCGACUGGCUCCAAAGUGAUCUGAGAAUGAUUCGUCGGAGGACUCAUUACUUGCACUUCAACGGCAGGCUUCUUGGAGUGCGGAGGGACAAAGUCCUGCUCAUCAGGGCUGCUGGCAGGAGCGAUGUCGGCCAUCACGCAACGGCUGCGCUUCUGUCCGGGCAGGGCUUGCUCCGCAAACGUCGUCAAAUGAUGUGGGGUGUCAAGGGAUGGCCUUGCAUGAUGUCCCUCUUUCACAGCCUCGAACGAUUGCGCUGCGACCGCCAGCUCCAACAGCUUAUCCCGCAUCGUCGGGGCAAAGGCGGGCGCCUGUGGUUUCCGGCAAAGGAAAUCGGUAGCUUAUCUAUCGUUGGUGUAUAGGAAGAUGAGCUACAGAUCAAGCACGCUAAGCAUACAAGUAGCGCCCUUCGCGGGUGCACCGACAUGGGUUUGGAAAAACGCAUCCACAGUUGUAAAACACCAAAUC